AGCGCUCGGGAGGAGGGGUGGCACCCCUGCGCGUCCCCUUCACCCCUCCACCGAGCAGCGACGGCGUCCCUCGAUUUUAAAUACACCGGGGGUGCGCGACACCGAGUCAUACUUGGUCCAGCCCGCGAGUGCUUCACCUCGUGCCGCUCUCGCGCCUCAAACUCGGUCUCACGUGCACUUGUUUACCUCCGGACAGCCAUGGCCAUUCCUUUGACCAACGAUUCGGAACUCGUCGAGGAGCAGUACCGCCGUCUCGAACGCAUCCUCUACGAGUUGUACCUCGUCCUGCGCGCCCUGAUGGAACCUCAGGUGCAACCUUCCACUUCGGCCAGCAACCAACAUCCACCCAGAGGUGGUUCUGGUGGUGGUUCUCGCCGUCACCGUCGCCGCAACUCUUCUGCUCGCGGCCGACGCUCAUCUCCGAAUUCCUCCAACUCGAACCAGCAAAACGGCCCCCGAAACCCGCCGCCGCCGCCUCCACCUGCCUCCGGAAGCCAAGCUGCCACGAUGCUGCUCAACCUGGCCAACCGCGGUGUGGCCGGACAUCUUUUGCUCCAGCAGAAUAAUCAGACUUGUGCCAAGAGUGUGGAGAGCAGCACCGCAGCUGAGUGGAGCAAAGUUGGGUGCGACCUGAGGACCAUUGCCGACACCAUCAACCUUGAAACGUCUUGCCAGAGCUUUUCACCUGCUUCUCCGAAGUCUCCGUCGAGCAAGAGUUCCACGCCCGCCACCUCUUCUUCCUCCUCAUCCUCGACAGGGUCAACGCUCAAGUUGGUCACUCUGGCGCUUUCGCUGAUGAUGAGCAGAAACUGGUCAUCGGACUGAACUCCCAGCCAGGCCUAAUUCAACCAAAAUGUACAUAAGACUUAUAUAUUUUAUCAACACGAACCACCAGACGUGUUCUCGUAUUCGUAUGUUCCUCCAGGGUGAGGGAAUUUUUGUAAAAAAUAAUCUUGUCCUACUAUUGUUAGGAAAGAAAGCUGAUGGACCAUUAUUUUGUACGACCUACCUACCGAUUUUUAAUUUAGAUUUUAGAACUUUAGCUGUAUGUUCACUCGGUUCUUUCAAAAAUUGUUGUAAAUAGAGGAAACUCUCUUCUUGGUACUUGUACAAAGUUGAACUUUUUUACA